UAUCGCAGUUUUCAAAUGCAGAUUAGAUAAUUUAUUAAGGUUGGCAUAUAAAUAAGAUUUAUUUAAUUUAUUGCACUUCAAUUGUCUAACUAAGUACUUAAAGGCCUACCACGGCCAGACCAAAAAUAAAUCAAGAUGUGGGCGUGCGAUGCCGGACUCACGUCCACGAUCGUGGAGAGCUACGCGGGCGCGGGGCCGCUCUUCGUGAACACGCUGCAGACAUUCCUGGCGGCGCACUGCGCGCUGGUGGGCGACGACCGCUGGGGCGCCGAUGCCGUGGACUCAGUACUUGGAAAUCCAAACUAUGACUUCAUUGUGGUGGGCGCGGGGUCGGCCGGCGCCGUGGUGGCCAACAGACUCAGUGAGAACCCGGAGUGGAGAGUCUUACUCAUCGAAGCUGGAGGAAAUCCAACAUUGGCUACUGAGAUGUGGGCGUGCGAUGCUGGACUGACGUCCACGAUCGUGGAGAGCUACGCGGGCGCGGGGCCGCUCUUCGUGAACACGCUGCAGACAUUCCUGGCGGCGCACUGCGCGCUGGUGGGCGACGACCGCUGGGGCGCCGAUGCCGUGGACUCAGUGCUUGGAAAUCCAAACUAUGACUUCAUCGUGGUGGGCGCUGGAUCCGCCGGCGCCGUGGUUGCCAACAGACUCAGCGAGAACCCGGAGUGGAGAGUUUUACUGGUCGAAGCUGGAGGAAAUCCCACACUGGCUACCGAGGCUCCACAAGUGUUCUACGCUAACUUGAAAACGAAAGAGAAUUGGGGCUACCGCACCGCUCCACAGAGCGGCAGCUGCCUCGCCUACGACGACGGCUGCUCGUGGCCGCGGGGCAAGGUGCUGGGCGGCAGCAGCAGCAUCAACGCCAUGUUCUACGUGAGGGGCAACAAGGAGGACUACAACGAGUGGGCCGCGGCCGGCAACACCGGCUGGAGCUACGACGACGUCUUGCCUCUAUUCAAGAAGAGCGAAAAAUUCUACAAACCUACUCCUGAAUCAGAUGUUUACCACGGAACGGACGGUUACUUGUACGUCGAGCACACUGACAACGUUUUAGAGACUGAACAAAUUGUCCUGAAUGCCACAGCUGAACUGGGAAUCAAAGUGCUAAAUGACAUCUGUGGAGAGACCCAGAUGGGAAUUACCCGUUCCCUUACUACGACUCAAGACGGUGAACGACUCAGCACAGCUCGUGCCUUCCUCAACCCUAUCAAGGACCGAAGCAAUUUAGACGUAGUCAAGAAUGCUUAUGUAACUAAGCUUGUAUUCAAAGAUGGUACUAAUGAAGUUACUGGAGUGAUUAUUAGCAAAGAUGGUAAGGAAAUCCAAGCGAACGCCAGGAAAGAGGUAGUUUUGUCAGCUGGUUCCAUAAACACUCCUCAGCUGCUCAUGCUCUCCGGAAUUGGACCUAAAAAGCAUUUGGAGGAGCUCAACAUUAAAGUCCGAGCUGAUCUGCCCGUGGGCCAGAACCUCCAGGACCACUUAUUUGUGACCAUGUUCUUUAAGGCUAAAAGUGAAUUGAAUGUUGGUAAUAUCGAGACCGUGCUACAGGGAGUGGGAGACUUUGUGUUGCAGAGGACCGGAAUUUUGGCAGAUCUGAGCCCUCAAAGAGUUAUAACUUUCAUCAACACCACCGAUCCGAACGCGUCUACUCCCGACAUACAGUUCCACCACGUCAUGUUUGAGCCGAAUAAUACAGAGAUCGUAGACUUCUUUGACCUCCACGGAAACACAGAAGAGGUUCAACGGAAAUUCAAGGAGAUCAACAAAGACCACCGUGUCAUUAUGCCCUACAUUGUGCUUUUGAGGCCUAAGUCAAAGGGACAAUUGCUUUUGAAGAGCACCGACCCCAACGUAUUCCCAGACUUGUACUCCAACUACUUCCAGGAGCAAGAAGAUGUAGACACAAUACUUAGAGGAAUGAGGUACAUGACCAAGCUGGCUGACACGGAAACGUUUAAGAAACACGGUUUGUCUUUAACUUGGUUAGACCUGGACGAUUGCAAAGCAUACAGGGACAAAUUGUCUGACCAGUUCUUGGAGUGCAUUGCCAGACAUUUGACGUUCUCGCUGUACCACCCCGUCGGUACUGCUAAGAUGGGUCCGGACGGUGAUGCCACCUCGGUCGUUGACCCUGAGCUGAGGGUGCGCGGGGUGAAGAACCUGAGAGUGGUAGACUCUAGUAUCAUGCCGAUCAUCCCGAGAGGAAACACCAACGCUCCGUCUAUUAUGAUUGGAGAGAAAGGAGCUGAACUUGUGACAAAGACGUGGACAGAUAAAGCUGCUUUCGAAGCAAACCGUGUAAGAUUCAAUAUCUUGAAACAACGUAGGUCUGGUUAAUUGGAAUAUAACUUUGUAUGAAUUGAU